AUGGAAGAAGGUGUUGCUGUCAAACAUGAAGGCAAAAAUAUUGAUAUCAAACAGGAAAAACAAGACAAUCUAGAAAGCUUUAAAUAUGAUUUCGAUUCUGGAAGCCAAGAUAGUAGUAAAAGUGGUAGCGGAGGUUAUCAACGAUGGGCGCCCAAUUUGAAUGGAGUACGAAAAAGUGCAUUUACACCGUACAAAUCUGUUCAAUGUACUGCACUAACUAAUUUACAAAGAGGUAACACGCAGGCGCGGGUUCCUGAAUUGCCUCAGCCCGAUUGUAGCUUUCACGCAAAGGCUGGGCGCGGAGAAAUAACCCGAGAAGACGUGAAACUGGAGCAAUAUGUUGAUAUUACUGAUGAACAUGGGCUCACUGCAUUACAUUGGGCCGCAAGUUAUGGACAGUUAAACAGUUGUCAGGAUCUUGUGUGGAGUGGUGCCAAUGUCAAUAUGAGAGGUCCAGAAGGUGAGACAGCAUUACACCUUGCUGCAGCUGGAGGGCACCACGAGGUUGUGAAAUUUCUUUUGAAUGAAGGUGCUGAUGCUGAUAUACAAGAUGAUUCUGGCAGUACAGCUCUCAUGUAUGCAGCAGCAGCAGAUUUUCCCUACACCUGCAAUGAACUUCUGAUCCGAGGAGCAGAUCUUACUCUUACCAAUGAUUAUGAUCAAGAUGCUUAUACUUUAACAACAACCAACAACUGUAAACUGGCACAAACUGUGAUAGAGAAUUUUUUGAUUGGAUGCCUCAGCAAAAUGUGA